CCCUCAUGGCAUGUUGACCUGUUUUUCUAUGCUUUGUAAAUUGCUUCACACUUGUUUCUAAACUUAUUGGUUCUUGAAUAUAUUGAGAUUGAUCAAAUCAAAGAAACAAAAAAAAAAAGAAAUUAUGAAGACAAAGACUUACAACUUGAUAUGUAUUGCAGCGUCUGUCCUUACUUUUCUCAUCAAUGGCUCAUCAGCAGCAACAUCUCAAAACGGUAACUCUACAACUUCAUGUAGCAAAACCUGUGGAGGAAUCUCGAUCCCGUUCCCUUUUGGAAUCGGCGGGAAGGAUUGCUAUCUCAACAACUGGUACGAGGUUGUCUGCAACACCACCACUUCUUCCGGAACACCUGUUCCGUUUCUCUCAAGGAUCAAUACUGAAUUGGUCAACAUCUCUCUUCCAGAUGGAGAUAAACCAUACGGUGUUGUUCUAAUCAAAGGUCCUGUGACUUCGUUUGGUUGUUCAAGUAGUAACACGAGUCAAGGACUCAAAAAGUCACGACCAGAUUUGAACGUCACAGGCAAAGGCAGCCCUUACUUCAUCACAGACAAUAACCGCCUUGUGGCGGUUGGCUGCGGUACAAAGGCCUUGAUGACGGAUCUCGAAUCAGAGACCUUGGGUUGCGGAUCUAGCUGCAAAGAAAGCUUGAGUGGUCAACAAGUAUCAGACUCAAUCUGUGACGGCUACAAAUGCUGCCAGACUAGAAUACCAUUGGAGCGUCCACAAGUCAUAGAUGUCACAGGAGGAGAAGGCUGCAGAGUUUCCUUCUUGACUGACAAAAGAUAUUCACCCUCAAAUGUCACUGCGCCAGAACAGUUCCAUGCUGGUGGCUAUGCGGUGGUGGAGCUAGGUUGGUACUUUGGUACUUCUGAUUCUCGCUUUAGAAACCCUUUAGGUUGCAGGAAUCUUACUCGCUACGGAUCUUACGACUCGGACACGAGAUGUCUUUGUGAGUAUGGUUACUUCUACGAGAUGAGUUACAGGAACUGCUAUUGCCCCAUUGGCUUCACAGGGAAUCCAUACCUUCGAGGGGGUUGUGUAGAAGCUGAUAUGUGCAAAGAACCCGAUGUCUGUAAAGAAGGCAUUUGUGAGAACAUGCGUGGAUCAAUGUACACGUGCAAGCCCAAGCCCAUGAUAACCAAGCCGGGGAAGUCCUUCGUGCUGGAAGGGGUUCUGAUAGGUGUGUUGGGACUCUUGUUUUUAGUUGGUGGGAUCUUCUGGUUGUUCGUAGUUAUAAGGAAGCGAAGGAGGAUCAUUCGUGGCAGGAAGUUCUUCAGACGUAAUGGAGGCUUGUUGUUGAAACAACAACUAACUACUACAAACGAUGGAAGUGUAGAUAUGUCGAGGAUAUUUACCUCAAAAGAGUUGGAGAAAGCCACUGAUAACUUCAGCGUGAAGAGGGUGCUUGGGCAAGGAGGUCAAGGAACUGUGUACAAAGGUAUGCUGGUGGAUGGCAGGAUCGUCGCGGUUAAGAGAUCCAAACUUGUGGAUGAAGAUAAGAUGCAAGAGUUUAUCAAUGAAGUAGCACUUCUCUCGCAGAUUAACCAUAGGAACAUUGUGAAACUGUUGGGAUGUUGCUUGGAGACUGAAGUUCCGAUCCUAGUUUACGAGUAUAUUCCCAAUGGAGAUCUGUUCAAGCGUCUUCAUGAUGAAUCUGAUGAUUACAAGAUGACUUGGGAAGUGCGUCUUCGAAUAGCUGUAGAGAUUGCGGGAGCACUUUCAUACAUGCACUCAGCUGCAUCGUUUCCGAUAUACCACAGAGAUAUCAAGACUACCAAUAUACUGUUGGAUGAGAAAUACAGAGCCAAGGUGUCUGAUUUCGGAACUUCAAGAUCUGUAGCAGUAGAUCAAACUCACUUGACAACACUAGUUGCAGGGUCUUUUGGGUACAUGGAUCCGGAAUACUUCUUGUCGAGCCAAUACACUGACAAGAGCGAUGUUUAUAGUUUUGGGGUUGUCCUGGUGGAGCUCAUGACGGGUGAAAAACCACUAUCUCGUGUCCGGUCUGAAGAAGGAAGAGGAUUGGCAACUGAUUUCAUUGAGGCCAUGAAAGAAAACAGAGUGGUGGACAUCAUUGAUGAUCGGAUCAAAGAGGAAGGCAAGAUGGACCAAGUGAUGGCAGUCGCAGAACUCGCUAGAAGGUGUCUAAGCCAGAAAGGAAGGAAGCGGCCAAACAUGAGAGAGAUUUCUAUUGAGCUGGAGAGGAUUAGUUCAUCACCUGAAGAUCUAAAACUACAUUUCCUUAACAAUGAAGAAGAUGAUAAAGGCUGCUCAAGCCAUGCAAAUCAAGAAAACAUAAUCAUAUAG